CCACCAACCACAACUCACCCCCAAUUUUUAAACCCCGACUCAAGCACAUCGUCGCAAUGGCAAAGGACCGGACUGAGAAGAAGGAGAAGCGCGAAAAGAAGGAGAAGCGCUCGGAGAAGGACGGAGUCAAGAAGGAGAAGAAGGAAAAGAAGGAGAAGAAGGACAAGACUGCUCUUACCAAUGCUGUUGAGCAAGAGUUGACGUCCCAGGUUGUGGAUGGAAUUGACCAGGCUGAGAAGACCAAUGGCGACGUUGAGGUCGAGGUUGAGCAGAUGGAGGUCGACGGCGCUCGUCCCAUCGGUGCUCUCGUGCCGUUUGCCAACCCUCUGGUCGAGGACAAGUCGGCCAAGAAGGUCUUGAAGAGUGUUAAGAAGGCCGCUGUCAACAAGUGCCUCAAGCGCGGUGUCAAGGAAGUCGUCAAGGCCCUCCGGAAAUCGCCCAUCCCCGCUCCCAACGAGUCUUCGCCUCUCCCCAAUGGUGUUGUCGUGCUUGCUGGAGACAUCUCGCCCAUGGACGUCAUCUCGCACAUUCCCCUCCUUUGCGAAGACCACGGUAUUCCCUACGUUUUCGUCACAUCGCGCGCUGAGCUCGGUAACUCUGCCGCUACCAAGCGCCCCACGAGUGUGAUCAUGGUUGUGCCCAAGUCGGCCGCCAAGGGCAAAAAGGGCGAGGACGACGAUGGGGAGGAUUUCAGCCAGACAUACGAAGAGCUGGCUAAGCUUGCGCAAAAAGAAGCCAAGAAGGCGAAUGUCUAAUUACGUGCUUUUCCUCUUAACUUCUGUUUCUUUAUGUUCUUUUCCUUUUUCUCUCCGGAGUCUUUUCUGCUCUGUCUUGUCACUUGCUAUUGAUGUACAGAUUUAUGAUGUUUGACAAGGCAAGGCAUGUCUUUGGGGUCUGUCCUGGGUUUCUGUUUAUUGAUCUGCCACUUGCAAGUUAGGCGUUUUCAUCUUGGUGUAUGAAGGGCAGGGACAAAAUCAAUUCAAUCUGAUGACAUUAA